AUGGGGCUUUGGUUUUCUCUUGCCUUCAUCCCAGGGAUGAAUGGGCCGCGUCCCUCGACUCGCGCAUUUCUGUGCGAUCUGCCAUGUCUCGCUGCAGACUCGAAGAUCCGUUUCUUGGGCUGUGUCAGACAGUAUGAUGUCGCAGUGGGGCAUCUGGUUCUAGAACACAACUAUCCACGUACCAAGGAAGAGCCUAGCAUGGUCUCUGUCGAUAUCAAUGCCGUUCUGGAGACUUUGACGGCUGAGGAUCUAAGCGUUGGCACUUGGUUGAAUGUGCUAGGUUAUGUGCGAGAUUCCACCACCCCGGAGCCUUCUUUCUCUUCCAGUCAAAUGGACUCGCAACAAUCGUUCAGUCAAUCUGCUACAAGCACAUUUCCUACUACGGUUGCUUCUCGUCCGGUCUAUAUCGAAGCUGUUAUGGUUUACCGUGCCGGAGCGAUCGCAUUGGGGGAAUAUGAGCGCAUUCUUCAACACGUGCAAGACGUGGAAAGCCGGAUUUAUUACCCGGAAUGA